AUGCCUUCCAAUACCACAAGCAUGAGCCGAAGAACAAAGAAUUUGUUGUAUUUUGAUCAUAUAUUAAUGGAAGAGGCCAAAGAACCGCACAUUUUCCUCACUGACCACAAGUGCAGGCCAAGCCAUUUCCCCAACGUCAAGCCCUUUUCCCCAAAUCAAGCCCUUUUCCUCAAGGCAAGCACUUUCCCCAAGCUAAGCCUUUUCCCCAAGCCAAUCCUUUUUCUGCCAAUCCCUGUCCCCCAACUCAUGCCAUCUUCCCAAAGCCAAAACCUUUUCCCUAAGCCUAGCCCGCAAGACUUUCCACCAAGGCAAGCCGGUAUACCAAUUCCCCAAGCCUUUUCCAACAAGCCAAGCCGGUAUACCGAUUCCCCAAGCCUUUCCCCAAGCCAAGCCGGUAUACCGAUUCCCCAAGCCAAGCCGCCAAGCCGGUAUACCGAUUCCCCAAGCCUUUCCCCUAAGCCAAGCCGGUAUACCGAUUCCCCAAGCCAAGCCGGUAUACCGAUUCCCCAAGCCAAGCCGGUAUACCGAUUCCCCAAGCCUUUCCCCCAAGCCAAGCCGGUAUACCGAUUCCCCAAGCCAAGCCGGUAUGCCAAGCCCCAAGCCCUUUUCCUCCUGCGCUCAGCCAACCGCCACCAAAGCUCCUCACCUUUAAGAAGCUAA